AACAACAACAACAACAACAAAGUGACGCUCCGAGAACCCUUUUGGACGGAGCAAAACACUCCACAAUGCUACAAAGUCACGCUCCGGCGAUCCACCCAUCCCCGGCGAGGCUCGGCCUCUCUAACUCCCCCUCCACCGUUACCUCCGCCGCGAACACCGCCACCACCGCCACCGCCACCACAACCACCAAACCCCCUCAAUCCUCCUCUUCCUCCUCCGCCCUCCCCUCUGCUCCUCCAACCUCCCCUUCUCUCCUCCCUCUCCUUCCUCCUCUCCCUCGCGCUCAAUCCCUCCUCCUUCUCAUGUCCUCCCUCGCCUCUCGCCUCUUCGAGGUCUGCCCCCACCGCUCCCUCUGGCUUUCCUCCUUCCGCGGCUCCAUCCCUUCCUUCCUCCCUUCUUCCCCUUCCCCUCCCCUUUCUCUUCCCUCCCCUCCCUCCUCCUCCAAAGAGAUCCUCUCCCUCUUCACCUCCCUCCAGACCCAGCUCUUCGAAGCCGUCGCCGAGCUCCAGGAGAUCCUCGACCUCCAAGACUCCCGUGUCAAGCUCACCCGCGACAUCCGAUCCAAGGACUCCACCCUUCUCUCCUUCACCAACAAGAUCAAGGAGGCUGAGCAACUCCUCGAUCAUCUCCUCGACGACUACUCUGAUUAUCGCCCUAACCCUAAGCGCCCCAGAUCCGAUCAUCUUGACCUCAACGAUGUGCUCUCCUACGCCCAUCGGAUCAGCUACACCACCUUCGCCCCGCCGGAGCACGGCGCUGGCCUCCCCCAGCUCCGUGGUUCCCUUCCUCCUGCUCCGCAGGAGAACGAGUUGCGCGCCUCCAUGCUCUACCAUUUCGCUGAUCUUGACGUUGGCGUGCCGGCGAGGAAAGUGGAGUCGAAAGAGGGAGUCACCGCCGGUGAUGACUCUGGUUCUUUGGCUCUGAUAGAGCCGACGCCGCCGAGGGAGCAAGUACCGACGGUGCCCAUCCCAACGCCUAUGCUGCCGAUUGCUGUGCCACCUGGGUGGAAGAAGGGCAUGCCGGUGGAGCUCCCGAGCGAGCUGCCACCUGUGCCGCCUGGGUGGAAGCCUGGGGACCCGGUGCCAUUGCCUCCACUGGAUGGGCUUCUUGUUGGGGAUCGGGUCGAGGAACCACGGAUACCAGCAGGUUUGCCUGUGCCUCCGCUGAAGGCUCCGGAGGCCAUACAGGUCAAGUAUGUUGAGCUUGAUAUCAAUCCAGGUCAGGAUGAUUAUAGCAGUGAUUACAGCAGUGAAGUUGGGAGCUCAGAUGAGGAUGAUGAAGAAUGAACAUUCUUUUCGGUAUCAUACAAACGGUUUCAGCUGUACCCAGUUGUAAAUUUUAGGAUUAUAAAGUAGUUGUCGUAUAAUUCUAACGGUGAACGGUUAACAGUGAGAUGCUGGGAUUAAUAUCCUCACCAUAGUUUGUAUUCUGUAAUUGUAUAUAAUUAUUUCGAUCUUGCUAAGAUAAUUGAUGUUUUUAAUGCCAUCUCUGUGUAAUGCCCCAUGCAUAUCGAGUCUCGUCAUUUAAAUUAAGAUUGAUUCUGUACAAAUAGUGUCAUUUUAACCUGUAAUUUGUUAAAUAAA